CGGCUCGAUCGUCAGCCUCAGGCUGCUUGGCGGUCCCCGCUUGCGACGACGCCAUGCAACCCUUCAUCGAAGCAUAGUCUUCAGGUGCAGAGCAAGAGGGUGCUGCUCAUCCUUGACUUUCUCUUUCGUCCCGCUAUAUACAUAAGCGGUUCCUCGCUUUAGAGUCGAAGUCACACGCGGACCCGGCUUUGCGCUCAAAUGACCGCUGCAUGCUCGGGCUGCUCAUCUUUUUGGCGGGUCAAAGGUCACGCACGAGUCGUGAGUUGAAAUUGGGAUGUUCAACGGCCGCGAUCGAGUGCGUCGACGCUACCGAGACACUUGAAGCUCACGCUCACGCUCACGCUCACGCUCACACUCACACUCACGACUACUUGAUUCUGGCAUGGCUGCACGAUCCAAGCUCAUCCUGACCUCGAUCUUGAAUCAUGCCUCACGUAUCGUCGACACUCACGAACAAUGC